GCGAGCACUCAGGCAAAGUCUAAAAAUGGCGUCCAUCAUGGAGGGGCCGCUGAGCAAAUGGACUAACGUCAUGAAGGGGUGGCAGUACCGCUGGUUUGUACUGGACUAUAACGCCGGGUUGCUGUCAUACUACACUUCCAAGGACAAGAUGAUGCGUGGCUCUAGAAGAGGCUGUGUGCGACUUCGGGGAGCUGUGAUUGGAAUCGAUGACGAGGACGACAGCACUUUCACCAUUACCGUGGACCAGAAGACUUUCCAUUUUCAGGCCCGUGACGCAGAUGAGCGGGAGAAGUGGAUUCAUGCCUUAGAGGGGACGAUUCUUCGCCACACCCUUCAGCGGGAGGCAGAAACAGGAUUCGUUCCCAGCGUUCAGGACUUCGACAAGAAGCUAGCUGAAGCUGAUGCGUAUUUGCAGAUUUUGAUCGACCAGUUAAAACUCUUCGAUGAAAAGAUUAAAGACUGCAAGGAAGAUGAGUCGCGCAGAAAAAUCGAGAACCUGAAGGACACGACUUGUAGUAUGGUAGAGUCCAUCAAACACUGUAUCGUACUACUACAGAUUGCCAAGGAUCAAAGUAACGAACAGCAACACACAAACGGACUGAUAAGCACCAUAAACCCAGUGGAUGGGGUAUUCCAGCCUGCCCCUCUCAACACGUCUGUAGUCAGUGCCAGUGCCAUGCCAACGCAGACCACUCUACCCACAGAUGGAGCUCAGGUGUGUAAAACUGAACAGAGGCCUUCUUCAUUACCCAUGGGCCCUGUUGUCACGGUGAUGGGCAGCCUUCAGACCCCCACUCCCAACAGCACAGGGAGUGGUCCUUCAGCUCCCAGCAGCAGCGUGACUUCGCCCAGUCACAUGAACAUACCACCCCACAGUGUCCCUGACUUCUCCUAUUCCAGCAGUGAAGAUGAGUUUUACGACGCAGAUGAGUUUUAUCAUAGCAGCACCUCACCAAAACACUGCAUAGAGGUUGUCUUGCCGACAUUUAUCUUGGAGCGGAGGUCGUUGCUGGAAAUGUAUGCAGAUUUCUUUGCUCACCCGGAUUUGUUUGUAAGUAUUGCGGAGCAGCAGGAUCCAAGGGACCGCAUGGUGCAGGUGGUAAAGUGGUACCUCUCAGCCUUUCACGCUGGUCGGAAAGGAUCUGUGGCCAAGAAGCCCUACAACCCCAUUCUGGGUGAGGUGUUCUUCUGUCACUGGGACCUGCCCGAAACAGAGGAUCCUGCUUCUUCUGAGUCUGUAUCAGAUGGGCCAUUGCCGUGGAGUAGCAAAAACAGUGUGUCAUUUGUGGCAGAGCAGGUUUCUCACCACCCUCCUAUAUCUGCGUUUUAUGCUGAGUGUUUCAGCAAGAAAAUCCAGUUCAACGCCCACAUCUGGACCAAAUCAAAGUUCCUUGGAAUGUCAAUUGGUGUCCAUAAUAUUGGUCAAGGUUGUGUGUCUUGUCUUGAAUAUGAUGAACACUAUAUUCUUACUUUUCCCAAUGGCUACGGGAGGUCAAUCCUCACUGUUCCAUGGGUUGAGCUGGGUGGAGAGUGCAAUAUUUCCUGUUCCAAAUCUGGCUACAGUGCCAAUAUAGUUUUCCACACCAAACCGUUCUAUGGAGGAAAGAAGCACAGGAUAACUGCUGAGAUAUUUGCUCCCAAUGAUAAGAAGUCAUUCUGCUCCAUAGAGGGAGAGUGGAAUGGUGUGAUGUAUGCAAAAUGGGCUACGGGGGAAAAUGCACUAUUUAUUGACACAAAGAAAAUUGGCAUUGUGAAGAAGAAGGUGCGGAAAUUGGAGGACCAGUUGGAGUAUGAAUCCAGAAGUUUGUGGAAGGACGUGACAACGAACCUGAAACUGAAGGACAUUGAUGCUGCGACGGAAGCCAAACACAGGCUGGAGGAGAUACAGAGGGCGGAGGCCAGAGAAAGGAAGGAGAAGGAAAUGCAAUGGGAGACGAGACUGUUUCAUGAGGAUGGUGAAUGCUGGGUCUACGACAAGCCUCUCCUGAAGCGACUAGCAUCGCAACGACACUGAGGCCGUUUCCAAAACCACCGAGUCUAGAAAACAGAACUCUCUCGCAAACCACUUUUCUUAUUCAGCCUUGGAAUGACUAACGAAUGAACCCUUACAGCUUUGCAUUUUCGAAGUUUGAACGAAUGACAAGAAGAAAACACAAACUUAAUCUAUACAAAUAAAAAAAAUAAACCUCCCUGCUCACUAGUUCAACACUUCCACCUCUCUAUCAACCAUUGAGCAAGAAAAAACACCACGAACACACAGAAGACGUGCAAAUCAAGCAAGCGGCAAAAGAAGAACGAUCCCAGUGGACGUGUCUCUCUCUCUCUCUCCUACUCCUACUCCUGAGGGGUUGAGGUGUUUUUAUCGAACAAACUCUGAAAACUACAGUGUUCUGUAUCUCAGGGAAGUAGUGGGCUGAUGAUUGAAGGCUGUAUCUUAAUGUUCAAAAAGCCUUAAAGGUGGAACCACAAAGUAAACAAAAUGAGAACUUGGUUCACAUACUGCUAGCUACAGCUGUUUAUAUAUAUGUAGAAGAUAUGAUAUAUUCUUGUUUUCCUUUUAUCUUCUUUCUCUAGGGCAAUAGUAACUGUUUGAAUAUACAUACAUGACGGCAACCAUUCCCUUUAUGUUCCACUGCAUCGUGAGUCUUUUAAGAGGAUGCAGUUUCAUGCUCCGAAAGCCACAAUGAGCAAAAGUUACUAUUUACAUGACGGGGCUGAAAUUUGAGACAACUUUGCCAUGGUUGUAUUCCAUUCCAAUAAUGUUUUUGUUUUUUUUGGGAAAUGAUUUGGUAUGCUCUCCAGAGCCUCGGGGAGGCUGUUUUUUUAUAGAUUGCUGUUUGAUUGUCCACAUAAUUUAUCAACUUAGUAUAAAAUUGGACUGUCCAGUAGGAAAUCGUAAAGGUGCACAAUAAAACCAUUUGACAAAUCUGUUGUUAUCCUGCUGUGGUCAAGCAACGUUAUCACAAAUUGCCCUGCAAUCUCUCUUUCUGUGAAAUGUCACAUUUUAAUCCGAAAUAAAUAUAUACGUUUCAUAUAGUCAUUCAUCGGAAAGAUUUGAUUGUCUUCUUAAAGGUAAAAGUAAGAGUCUGUGGAUGCAUGGAGUCACUCAGGUCAGUGUUUUCUCCUGGAAUGACGUCUAUACAUUGUGUAACAUUAUCAACAAGCAAAAUCAAAUUGUAUUAUCCAUUUUUUCUGAGAUGCAGUUGGAGCAAAACUGGCAAAACAUUAUUACUGCUACAGCUUAAAAAAGCCACUUGCUCUUCAUAUUCUGUAGUGAAUUGGAGGCCUUAUGCAGUAAAUUUCACUUUCGCCUAGUAUUGCUUUCCAGAAGCAAUCCCACCAAAAAAAUUAUUUGCCUGACAACAAUUGAUUGUACCAGAUUUCCAUGUAUCAAAGUAUAAUAUUAAAUCUCAGUGAGACCAA